AUAAACCAAGCUUGACAGUUAGAUAAUAGUCAUCAAACCUGUCACACACAACACACAAGCACUUACAACUUGGAAAAUGCAUGGUUCCGAGCUCCUCCACACCGCUUUGGCAGUGAUAAACGCCUACAACGCCUGGGAUGUGGACGCCAUUAUGGCCCUGCGAGCACCAGACUGCAUCCACCGCGUCCUCCCCGAAUCGCUCGGGCAGCCAGCGAUGAAUAACACCGAGUACCGUGCGUAUUUCGAGUCGAUCCAACCCCUAUUCGAGAACUGGACCAUUACUAUUACCAACACGAUUGAGGAUCAGGGCGCGCACAAGGUCGGCUUCCACGCCAACAGCACAGGGACUAUGUGUGCUGGACCAUAUGCCAACGAAUAUGCCCUGUUCUUCCACAUGACGGACGAUGAUGCCUUGGUGUUGGAGAUUGACGAGUUUGUGGACAGCGAUCAUACGAAGGAUUAUUUUGUGAGGUUGGGGGAGUGUGGAGUGUGAAUCGGAGGAAAGGGGUAUUUAAUUCCGAGAUGGUGUUGGGAGGCUGCCGCAAGUACAAUGGUCAUGAGUACUUGGACAGUAUCCCCGGUCUUCGUAGGAUCAGCAAGCAGUUCACUGAUUUUACGUGAUAAAGAUGGUGGAAGUGUGAUUGACGUAUAUUCCCAAAUGGGAACGCCGCUCGUUAACAGUUUUACUUAAGAUUAAUUGGGUGCGCAAUGGAUGCAGGGAAACAGCGUACGGUCAUUAUGCUGAACUCAGGAUCAACGAUCACGUCGCUACUCUUAUACUUUCGUCCGAAUAAUUAAACGUGACGUCUGGGUUAUGGAACAACUCAUUCAUCAAGCGCAAGCACUACUGCUUAGCCAACAUGUAGUAGCACCAAGUGACGAUUUCGAAAAGGUGAAAAGAAAGAUUGGGGAAUGAAUGACAAACUCUGUG